AAGCUUGGUAACUAUGGAGAAAGAUCCAGAUUUCGCAGUCUCUCUGUUGUGGGAUGGUGAAAACACCCCUGUUGAGGUUGAUCAGGUAGAUAAUUUGAUAAACAACAUUGAAGCUUCUGUGAGAACUGCUGACCCAAGAUAUCAUCUUGCUCAAAGGAAGGUUCUAGUGGGACAUGAAAAUCUCGACUUUAUCAAGGAGAAUGAAAAGUCUCUACAGGUACAAGGUUUCCGCUUGAUCAAACCACCCUAUCGAGAGCGUAAAUGCGUCAUAUGUGAUGGUUCAGUUCAAACAUCACGUCACAAACGCUACCCUUACGAGCGGCCUUAUGACGUAGCUGACAGACUAAUACUACAAGAAUUACUUGUGCAAAAGUUGCUAUGUUUUUAA